AUGCCUGAGCUUAUUCUCCGCCCCUUUGAAGUUAUCUCUACAAGAAAAGGCGACUCAACUUGGCGUGAAAGUCUUACAAAGUUCCAUUCCUUUGCGUUAACAGAGUGGACUCAAGUGCUCGCCUUUGACUCUGACUCUCUUAUACUCAACAGCAUGGAUCAUUAUUUUCUCAGCCCAUUGGUGCCAAUUGCAGUCCCUCGUGCUUAUUGGCUAAGUGAAAAAGAUACAGACAUAGCAAAGCAGGUACUCGGGUCUCAUGUUAUGCUUCUCGAGCCAAAUACGGUCCGGUAUCGCAAGAUCAUGGAUGAAGCGCUUCGAUCCGGUGACUUUGACAUGGAGGUCAUCAAUAGCAUGUUUAAAGAUUUAGCUAUGAUCCUGCCCUAUCGGAGGCUGGCUCUCUUGACUGGCGAGUUUCGCAACAAGGAUCACUCGAAGUACCUCGCUCCUAAUCAGGAGGAACAGUGGAAUGCGAUGGGUGAGGUGUCUCGCGCCGUGCUUGUGCAUUUUAGUGACUGGCCAUUGCCUAAGCCAUGGAAAACACAGACAAAGGAGGAUUGGGACAAAGCCAUGCCUAAGUGUUUAGCUGACGAUACGGAGACAGACGAUAAACCAGCGUGUGCAGACCAAGUGAUGUGGACUGGGUUUUACACGGACUAUGAUCUCGAUAAGGAGGCUCAGUGCUUAGUUUUAUACAAAUAA